AGAACAGCUUAACAGUUAAAAGCCCGCUACUUGGGGACUGGCAUUUAAAGCAGUGCUCAACUACCUUAGCCAGUUAAGUGUUUCGUGUCAAAAAGGCAAAGUAGUUCUAUAUGGCCAUCCCCAUCCAUCACCGUCAUCUUCUUCAUUAUAUUAAUACUCCUAAAGCUUGAGCAAAGCAUCUGAGUCUAUAUCCAUGGCAAACGACGCAGCACUACGCACCUCUCUGAUAUGGCUAGCCGCAAUCAUAGUGGUAGUUGGGAUAAGCACGCGUUCAUUCAAGAAAAUGAUGGCUACGUACGUGGUGGGUGGGCUUGGAAUUGCUGGGGUUCUCUUACCCGAUUGGGGCUACUUCAACCGUGAUUGCUCUAGGUGGACCUCACCGGUUACUGCCGAGGAAAGGGCCUCUCAUAUUGCUUCUACAAGAUCUGGAUCGAAAAGGUUUAAAAUUUACCCUAUCAGAAUGACUGUCUACACCACCGUAUAUGGUUUUGCUCUGUACAAGUGGUGGGUUUUUGUAUCAAACUAGUGAACUAGUGGCACCGUGUUCCAAGAGCAUUCUGGUAUGCCUGCUUGCUGCUUGUAAUAUAGAAUGUUCGUUUGGUUUGUUCAAUUGUAACUUUGAAGUUUGAGUGAUUCCAUUUGAUAUGUUUGUAUGCUUGGAUUGGAUAUGGCACUGACAGAUGACCAUACAUCUAUAUGAAAAAAAUAAUCAACAGUGUUAGUGUUUUUUAUUCCCUA